GGAAGUUGGAAGAGCCUCGUUUUCAUGCACAGUCUAUAUCUUUUACUGAGCCAUUUUAAGCAAAUACAAUUGUUCUCCCACAUCUUCGUUGGAAACUCCGAGCCUCAUGGAACGUUUUCCUCUUUCUCUCUCUCAUUCUCUCGCCUCACAAACAACAAACUUUCUCUUCCCUCUCAACAAAAACCAAACUUCAACUCCCAUUUUUCUCUUUUGGGUCCCUCCAAUCGUCGGCAUUCCCAAUUCAACAAUCUUCAAACCUCAAUUUCCGGUGCAUGGGCAAACAAAAAGGGUAGGAAUUCUUAAGUUCCUUAAUGGAACUACGUUGCAGGUUCCUUUUUAGGACCAUGUAUACAAGAAAUAUCAUGUGAUCAUAGUGAUAUCAAUGGUGGUGAUGAACAUUCAUGUUCCUCUUAUGAUUGUUAAUGAAGGGAUUGUAUAGAUUCCCAGGAAAUUUGUUGGUUGUCCAUCAUAAUUAUACAAGUUUCUCUGCUGACUUCAAAUUUUUUUAGAGGGAUUUAGUAAUUAUGUCACAUUCAGAAUAUGGUAAUUAAGACGGUGGAUGACAUAUGAGAAAUUUAGGCUGUUUAAGGUUUGGAAACUCUUUGUGUUGGAUAGGUUGUUACCUGGAAUUUUGGCUUUGAAGUGAAAGGAUAGAGGAUUUAUCUGUUUGACUUUGUGUCUCAAAUGGGUAAUUUACAAUAGGACAAAAACUAGCACUGGUUAAACGUGGUUAAAUGUUGAGAACUCAAUGCUGUAGCGCAAAAAUGUUUGUAUGAAGCUAACUAUAUGAUCAUACAACACCAUGAGCAAUGAGGAUCACGGUGUUUCAGGCAAGCAAUAUAUAGAUGCGGUGAGUGUUGGUUUAAGUGACAGAAUCCCUUCUGAUGAUGAUGCAGACUAUAUAUGUCUACAGACGGGUGAAGAAUUUUCUGCCGAGUUCUUACGUGAUCGGGUUGCCUCAAGGAAAUUUCCUGUCAUUACUGAUGCAGACCAGCAUCUGCCAAACAGGUUGGAUGCUAAUAUUAGAGAAAAUAGUCAUCAACUGGUUUAUGAGGAUCUAAAGCAUGUUCUUGGGCUAAGGAGAACAGAAUCUGAUAGUAACUCAGAUUUGUUGGAGAUUGCUUCAGUCAGAGGAUAUGUUGAUGAAGUUGACGGCAGGGCUUAUCCUAAUAAUUUGAACAGAUACCAGUGUGAACACAGCGGUUUCAGACAAGCAUCAGGUACAUUUUCUAGACAACUGUCAGGUAAAUUUUCUGAGGGAAAUGGUUGUGAUCAAGUUAAUUCAGGACCCAAUGCUCCAUCUGUUUACGUCGUUGAGUCUCCUCAUUCAUGCCAUCCUUAUGGAUCAGUAUUCUCAGAAGGUUCUUUCUAUAAGAAGAUAAAGUUUCUGUGUAGCUUUGGAGGUAGAAUACUACCAAGACCAAAUGACGGGAAGCUCAGGUAUGUGGGUGGAGAGACACGGAUAAUAUCAAUCAGGAAGAACAUAAAAUGGGAGGAACUUAUGAGGAAGACUUCUGCUAUUUGCAGUCAAACUCACAUUAUCAAGUACCAGCUUCCUGGAGAAGAUCUUGAUGCUCUUAUAUCUGUUUGUUCCAAUGAGGAUCUUCAUCAUAUGAUCGAGGAAUAUGAAGAGCUUGAAAGAGCUGGAGGCUCUCAAUGGCUGAGGAUUUUUCUCAUACCUUCAAAUGAAUGUGAGAGUCCAAGUUCAAAUGAAGCAAGAGUCAAUCAGCCAAGUGAUGCAGAUUAUCAUUAUGUUGUUGCUGUUAAUGGUAUGCUGAAUCCAAGUCCACAAAAGAAUUCCAAUGGGCUGAGUUUGGCAAACCAUACUAGUCAGUUUGGAAAUACCACUGAUUACAACAGUCCACAUUUCUAUAGAGACUCAUCCACAUCUGCAUUUGCUUCAGAGAUGAAGGAUUGCACCCCAACUUCUCCAAAUUUGGUAGGCAUACUCUCAAAACCUGGUUCUCAAUAUUUUACAGCCUUAGCAGGCAAGUCAGUCAAUCAAAUGUCUCCUUUAUCUCCCGCUUGUGUACAGCCUACAGAUCCCAAAAUUUCUAAUGUACAGAUAUUUAAGGAUAAACCAUAUAAUGCUAUCAAUGAAAGCAUCACUCCCUUUGUUACGGAAAAAGUUCCAUGCAACAAUUCUUUGUAUGUAGACAAUACCAAUUAUAUUGAUCCAGUUGCAUACCAUAAUAACCAAUAUAUAGUGAAAUCUGACCUGAUUAGGAAACCUGGCAAGAAUCUUCAUCUUCACAGACGGAACAACAGCAGUAAUGAGUUUGUCUCUUCUACGGCAUGUAGUCUAACUGACUUGAUUUUCGAGAGACCUUUAGUCACCAAUGAAGGUUCAUAUCAUUUUAACAAGGUUGUCUCUCGUCCUCAUGAGUCGUCGAGUUUAUUCUCAGAGUCUGAUGUUAGAGAGGGGUCUCGGAACAGAAUGUUGCAUGCACAUUCUGACUCAACACUUAAGGAGAAUGAUGAGAACUAUAAAGUUCACUUGCAAUUUCCCCUUAGCGUAGAGAGAGACAAUUUUCCAUCAUUGAAAAAUUCAUGUUCUUUAGAAGAAUGUUCAAUACAGCCUGGAAAGACAAUUGAUAGGAAAGAACACUCAGCAAAGUAUCAAAAUUUGCCCAUUUUUGGAAUGACGGAUAGUUUUAAUGUGUCAGAAAAGGGUAAAGAGAUCUUGCAACAUGCAGAUAACAGCAAUGAUUUCUUUAAUGAAAAUGUUGGAGCUAUGUCACAAGACAAUUCCAUAGAUUUAAAACAUUUACAGUACAUUUACACCCCACAUGGUGUUUGCUCAUCUUCACCAGAUUUCCAAAGCAGUGAAUGCAAUUUAUCUACUGCAUCAUCUAUCUCUUUGGAAUCCACAAGAAACCUGAGGGGGCAACCACAUGGUCUAUCAUUAGACAGAACUGCUUCUGAGUUUUCCACGAGGAGCCAAAAUUCAUCAAUGCAUCACCAAUAUGCUAUGCCGGAGACAAAAGACGGUCAACCACUUUUUCCUGGCUCUUUUGAGUCCCAAACUGAGAGAGGGUCUAUACUACCUAUCUCAUAUAUGGACAUGGGUUCUUCCCUAAGAGAGGUUGUUAUCCCUGUUGAAGAUCCUGCAUACAACCUGCACCAAAAGGAACAAAACACAGUCAUUAAGAAUCAGUGUUCUGAAUAUAUCAAUGAAUUCUGUGUCAACAAGCCUGUGCCAGAAUCAGUGGCUGUUGUCAAGGGAGCAAUGGAUUAUAUUUCUUCAGGUAUCCAGUCAUGCCUAAAAGAUGUCUCAAAUGUAGAUGAAGAGGCUGAAGUUGAACCUACAUCUCCUGAAAAGGAAGGGAUAGAAUGUGAUAAUCCAGAAUCUGAAAGUAAGCAUGCAGAAUCUGAUAGUGGAAACGUCAACAAACCUAUGGGUGAUAGAGCAACUGCUGAAACAGAGGCUGAAGUUUAUGGUUUACAGAAUAUUGAGAAUGCUGAUCUUGAAGAAUUGCAAGAGUUAGGAUCUGGAACAUUUGGAACUGUUUAUCAUGGAAAGUGGAGGGGAACAGAUGUUGCAAUUAAGAGAAUAAAAAGUAGUUGUUUCUCUGGUAGAUUGUCAGAGCAAGAGCGGUUGACUAAAGAUUUUUGGAGAGAGGCACAGAUUCUGUCAACUCUUCACCAUCCAAAUGUGGUAGCAUUUUAUGGGGUAGUUCCAGAUGGCCCAGGUGGAACAUUGGCAACAGUAACCGAAUACAUGGUGCAUGGAUCACUGAGGAAUGUUCUCACGAAGAAGGAUAGGCAUGCAAUUUAUCACUCUUACUUUUCUGCCGAGUUCUUACGUGAUCGGGUUGCCUCAAGGAAAUUUCCUGUCAUUACUGAUGCAGACCAGCAUCUGCCAAACAGGUUGGAUGCUAAUAUUAGAGAAAAUAGUCAUCAACUGGUUUAUGAGGAUCUAAAGCAUGUUCUUGGGCUAAGGAGAACAGAAUCUGAUAGUAACUCAGAUUUGUUGGAGAUUGCUUCAGUCAGAGGAUAUGUUGAUGAAGUUGACGGCAGGGCUUAUCCUAAUAAUUUGAACAGAUACCAGUGUGAACACAGCGGUUUCAGACAAGCAUCAGGUACAUUUUCUAGACAACUGUCAGGUAAAUUUUCUGAGGGAAAUGGUUGUGAUCAAGUUAAUUCAGGACCCAAUGCUCCAUCUGUUUACGUCGUUGAGUCUCCUCAUUCAUGCCAUCCUUAUGGAUCAGUAUUCUCAGAAGGUUCUUUCUAUAAGAAGAUAAAGUUUCUGUGUAGCUUUGGAGGUAGAAUACUACCAAGACCAAAUGACGGGAAGCUCAGGUAUGUGGGUGGAGAGACACGGAUAAUAUCAAUCAGGAAGAACAUAAAAUGGGAGGAACUUAUGAGGAAGACUUCUGCUAUUUGCAGUCAAACUCACAUUAUCAAGUACCAGCUUCCUGGAGAAGAUCUUGAUGCUCUUAUAUCUGUUUGUUCCAAUGAGGAUCUUCAUCAUAUGAUCGAGGAAUAUGAAGAGCUUGAAAGAGCUGGAGGCUCUCAAUGGCUGAGGAUUUUUCUCAUACCUUCAAAUGAAUGUGAGAGUCCAAGUUCAAAUGAAGCAAGAGUCAAUCAGCCAAGUGAUGCAGAUUAUCAUUAUGUUGUUGCUGUUAAUGGUAUGCUGAAUCCAAGUCCACAAAAGAAUUCCAAUGGGCUGAGUUUGGCAAACCAUACUAGUCAGUUUGGAAAUACCACUGAUUACAACAGUCCACAUUUCUAUAGAGACUCAUCCACAUCUGCAUUUGCUUCAGAGAUGAAGGAUUGCACCCCAACUUCUCCAAAUUUGGUAGGCAUACUCUCAAAACCUGGUUCUCAAUAUUUUACAGCCUUAGCAGGCAAGUCAGUCAAUCAAAUGUCUCCUUUAUCUCCCGCUUGUGUACAGCCUACAGAUCCCAAAAUUUCUAAUGUACAGAUAUUUAAGGAUAAACCAUAUAAUGCUAUCAAUGAAAGCAUCACUCCCUUUGUUACGGAAAAAGUUCCAUGCAACAAUUCUUUGUAUGUAGACAAUACCAAUUAUAUUGAUCCAGUUGCAUACCAUAAUAACCAAUAUAUAGUGAAAUCUGACCUGAUUAGGAAACCUGGCAAGAAUCUUCAUCUUCACAGACGGAACAACAGCAGUAAUGAGUUUGUCUCUUCUACGGCAUGUAGUCUAACUGACUUGAUUUUCGAGAGACCUUUAGUCACCAAUGAAGGUUCAUAUCAUUUUAACAAGGUUGUCUCUCGUCCUCAUGAGUCGUCGAGUUUAUUCUCAGAGUCUGAUGUUAGAGAGGGGUCUCGGAACAGAAUGUUGCAUGCACAUUCUGACUCAACACUUAAGGAGAAUGAUGAGAACUAUAAAGUUCACUUGCAAUUUCCCCUUAGCGUAGAGAGAGACAAUUUUCCAUCAUUGAAAAAUUCAUGUUCUUUAGAAGAAUGUUCAAUACAGCCUGGAAAGACAAUUGAUAGGAAAGAACACUCAGCAAAGUAUCAAAAUUUGCCCAUUUUUGGAAUGACGGAUAGUUUUAAUGUGUCAGAAAAGGGUAAAGAGAUCUUGCAACAUGCAGAUAACAGCAAUGAUUUCUUUAAUGAAAAUGUUGGAGCUAUGUCACAAGACAAUUCCAUAGAUUUAAAACAUUUACAGUACAUUUACACCCCACAUGGUGUUUGCUCAUCUUCACCAGAUUUCCAAAGCAGUGAAUGCAAUUUAUCUACUGCAUCAUCUAUCUCUUUGGAAUCCACAAGAAACCUGAGGGGGCAACCACAUGGUCUAUCAUUAGACAGAACUGCUUCUGAGUUUUCCACGAGGAGCCAAAAUUCAUCAAUGCAUCACCAAUAUGCUAUGCCGGAGACAAAAGACGGUCAACCACUUUUUCCUGGCUCUUUUGAGUCCCAAACUGAGAGAGGGUCUAUACUACCUAUCUCAUAUAUGGACAUGGGUUCUUCCCUAAGAGAGGUUGUUAUCCCUGUUGAAGAUCCUGCAUACAACCUGCACCAAAAGGAACAAAACACAGUCAUUAAGAAUCAGUGUUCUGAAUAUAUCAAUGAAUUCUGUGUCAACAAGCCUGUGCCAGAAUCAGUGGCUGUUGUCAAGGGAGCAAUGGAUUAUAUUUCUUCAGGUAUCCAGUCAUGCCUAAAAGAUGUCUCAAAUGUAGAUGAAGAGGCUGAAGUUGAACCUACAUCUCCUGAAAAGGAAGGGAUAGAAUGUGAUAAUCCAGAAUCUGAAAGUAAGCAUGCAGAAUCUGAUAGUGGAAACGUCAACAAACCUAUGGGUGAUAGAGCAACUGCUGAAACAGAGGCUGAAGUUUAUGGUUUACAGAAUAUUGAGAAUGCUGAUCUUGAAGAAUUGCAAGAGUUAGGAUCUGGAACAUUUGGAACUGUUUAUCAUGGAAAGUGGAGGGGAACAGAUGUUGCAAUUAAGAGAAUAAAAAGUAGUUGUUUCUCUGGUAGAUUGUCAGAGCAAGAGCGGUUGACUAAAGAUUUUUGGAGAGAGGCACAGAUUCUGUCAACUCUUCACCAUCCAAAUGUGGUAGCAUUUUAUGGGGUAGUUCCAGAUGGCCCAGGUGGAACAUUGGCAACAGUAACCGAAUACAUGGUGCAUGGAUCACUGAGGAAUGUUCUCACGAAGAAGGAUAGAGUGCUUGACCGUCGUAAAAGGCUCCUGAUUGCAAUGGAUGCAGCCUUUGGGAUGGAAUAUUUGCAUUUGAAAAAUAUUGUUCAUUUUGAUUUGAAGUGUGAUAAUUUACUUGUCAAUCUGGGCGAUCUUGAACGACCUGUAUGUAAGGUUGGAGAUUUUGGCCUAUCCCGAAUUAAACGCAACACACUUGUUUCCGGUGGUGUUAGAGGAACCCUUCCAUGGAUGGCACCUGAGUUACUGGAUGGUAACAGUUGUAGGGUAUCUGAGAAGGUUGAUAUUUUCUCAUUUGGCAUUGCAAUGUGGGAAAUCUUGACCGGGGAAGAACCAUAUUCUAACAUGCACUGUGGCGCUAUCAUAGGUGGUAUUGUCAAUAAUACGCUCAGGCCUCCGAUUCCAAAACGAUGCGAUUCCGAGUGGAAAAAGCUGAUGGAAGAAUGCUGGAGUCCCGAUCCUGCAGCCAGGCCAACCUUCACAGAAAUUACAAACAGGCUUCGCAGCAUGUCAGAUUCACUGCCCAAAAAGAGACAUAACAUUGUAAAACGAUGAAAUGAAACUCACAUUUUUUUUCUUGUAAAUUAAUGAAUGCAAAUACCAAACAAAGAAAGAUGAAAAGAGUUGUUCAAGUUGGCGCAGCAUUGUUUGUAUAGAAACCGUAGUGUAGAGGUAUAAGCUGAAAAUGAGUAAAAUCCUUUUUAUUUAUA